AUGUACGAAAUUUACUACUUAAAUGAACAGAAAGAAUUCGAGAAGUCAAAAGAAAAUGAUGAAAUUCACAGUUCUCUAAUUCUUAAAAAUCGUUGUGUUAGUAUAAAGAAGAAAAAAAAGGUGGUUAAAGAAAAUGUUUAUGAGGGAGGAUACACCAUAUGGGAGUGUACGUGGGAAAUGUUGAAAUUCUUACAUAGAGAAGUUGAUUUUCGGAAUAAAAACGUCUUGGAGUUAGGGUGCGGACAUGGCUUGGUAGGCAUAAAAGCCCUCUUAGAUGAAGGAAAUGUCAUCUUUCAGGAAUUAAACAAAGAAGUAAUUAACGACGUUUUGCUUCCUAAUAUAAGAAAAAAUUUAAAUAUCAAGAUGAAAAAAAAAAAACUGAAGAAAAAAAGUUACAUGAAAAUUCGUGCCCCAAAUUUCAAAUGUGCAGUUAUCAAUAAAUCAUGGAACAAGUUAAAUAAACAAAUACAGAAGAAAAAAUUAAACCCAUUUGAUUUUAUAUUAGGAAAUGAGAUAUUAUAUAGAAAAGAAAAUUAUUAUAACAUUUUAAGCAUUCUAAAGGAGAAUCUAGGGAUUAAUGGAAAAGCAUACUUAGGCACCAAGUCUUAUUACUUCGGUUUUGAAGACGGGGCUGGUACCAAUAGUUUCCUUGACUAUGUGAAUAAUAAUAAGGACUUUCAUUUUGUUGCUCGAGUUGUUCACACUAAUUCAAACAAAUCUGUAUAUUCGAGAGAUAUCAUAGAGGUGACCAUUUCCCCCAAGUGGAACAAAUUGCAACAACAAUCAGAGAGCGGAAGCAUAGAGAUAUAG